CAUUGACAUCCGCCGUCGCAUGAUGACGUAGCCCAGCGGAAGUGCGGUCGUAUUCUCUCAGCUCCGCGGUUCUCUUUUCCUAAAUCCUUAUGAAUUCUCCUGCUCUCGUUUACACAGUAGAAUCUAAUCUCUGAUUCACACUCCGGAAGAGAAGAUGGCGGCAAUGCACCUAAUACACUGGUUCCCAACCGUCGUUAAAAAAGAAGAAGAAGAAGAAGAAGAAGCGGAGCAGUGGAGCGCUAAAGAAACCAUGCCCAGUGAAAUUGAAAAGACAUGCCGCCUAUGCAAAGUAAACCUAGUAGUUAAGGGGGUCAUAACACAUUCAAAACUUUUAUAUAGAUGCUCACAAGCGAAUGAGAGGUUAUUAACCGACCGUUUUAGAGAUGUCGGUGUCGUCCUCCCAUGUAGACCCGGCGUCUGUUCUGGGAGGAUUUGCAUGAAAUGUUUCAGACUGCUUGCCAGGGUUGAAGAAUCCCAAAACAUUUUAAAGAAAUGGCAGUCUGAGCAUAACGUGGUGGACAAAGAAGAAGAGGAAGGCCAAAGCACAGAAAAGAGGGACCGUGACACGCCAACGGAGACGCCAAGGAAAAAGAAGCUGUGUCUCCCGGCAUCUCGUGUCAGCACGACAGAGGUGUACAUCAAUUACCCCAGUAAGGUAAACCCAGAGAGGUACAGAUGUGACGCUGACAUUAGUGGCGUGAUAAAUAAUCUGGCAAAGGGCAACUUCACCACGGCAGCCAGACUGAUGGUGCAGCAUGAGAGUCUCAUGGACGCGCUCAAACCUGCAAUGGAGACAGUUAUUGACAAGGAGUGCCAGCGUCUUUGCCACCAAAGGGAGGGUUUCAUGCUGUGGAAGAGUUCCCCAGAAGAACUGAGGAAUUUCUCCUUACACGACCUUAGAAAAGAUUUGGAGCGGAUGGCACCAUUCAUGUUCUCUCUGAUCUGCACCAUAUCUGGAAUGCAACACAACCAUGCCUGUGCAGCUGCUGCCAUUGCCCUUCGAGGGAGGGAGAACCAUCUUUCAGCCUUUUCGUACUACAUCAACAGUGUACUGCAGUACGGUGGAGCCAAGAAAGCAGUCUUCGAACAACUAUGCAAGAUGGGGAUCACCACUACACAUGCCAGGGCUGUCCUCAAACAACAUGCCAUGUCAACACUCUGUGGAGAAGAGCUACAAAAUCAAAGAGAAUCACGUUCCACUACCACAGCACAGGAGAGCAUAGGACAGCCGACUACUUCACAUCUCAGAGAUGCAAGCCUACUCAGUUGAGUGGGUGGGGUCUAUGGUCUGGAACCAGGCUAAUAUAUAAUCCCUACCAGUGGUACGUGCCCAGGACACCUCAAACAGGAGGCGCCCAGGAACAUACUGAUUCGAUGCCCGAACUACCUCAACUGACCCCUUUCAACACGAAGGAGCAGCGGCUCUACUCCGAACUCACGCCGGAUGUCCGAGCUCCUCCCCCUAUACACCCCACUGGGGAAACUCAUUUCCACUGCUUGUAUCCGGGACCUCAUUCUUUUGGUCACUACCCAGAGCUCAUGACCAUAGGUGAGGGUUGGGACGUAGAUGGACCACUAAAUCGAAAGCUUUGUCGUCCGGCUCAGCUCCCUCUUCACCACGAUGGUCCGGCACAGCGCCCGCAACACUGCAGAUGCCACACCAAACUGCCGAUCCAUCUCACGCUCCAUUCUACGCUCACUCAUGAACAAGACCCUGAGAUACUUGAUCUCCCUCGCUUCGGGCAGUAACUCAUUCCCAGCCAGGGAGGGCAUGGUUUUAACUGGUGUCUUUUUUAAACCCACUGACUUUGAGACGAGGGAACUGAGAGCGCUAAAAUACUAACACGUUUCCUAGUUUAAGGAUUCAUUCAUGCAGCACUCUCUCAGCACAGAUUUUUGUGAAUUGGGCUGUUUUUGGAAUGAGGCUCAUUUGCAUAGACAAAGGCCAGUUUGCACCAAAUAUGUUCAUACAACCUCCUUUAAAUGUGUAAACCACAGGAGCACUGAGAUGCUGUUUGCUUGGCAGAACAGUUAGAGGAGCAUUUCUUUGUGGGUGCUCUGAGUAUCACACGGUUUCUUUUUGUCUUAUUUAUGCAGGUUCAGCAGCUGGAAAAGCCUUUUGUGAAUUCGGCCCAAAGUUUUGUAAUUUGAGAUAUUUGUGUUACUUCUCUGAAAUGCAAUUUCAAAUCUUUGGUUACAUCAUUACUACACAGCAUUCAAAUAAAGCGUUGGGCCAGAUGUGUCGACCCUGUUCCACGUUACUCCUCGCUCUAAUUUAUCAUACUGUAUAUUGACUAUAUGCUAAACAACAACAACUAGUUUAAAUAGCCUCUACUUAGUAAACACUUGUGUUAUAAGUAGGUUAAGAUGUGUUUAUAUGGUCUUGUUUGUACCUAUAGAUGUAGAUUUUGGAGGGGAAGCAGGGGACAUGUCCCCCUCAAUAUUUCAAAUGUCCCCCACAAUAAAAACAUAAACAUUAUUUGACAAAAUGAAAGACAUUUACAUCGCAAAUUGAGCAGGAAAGGCAAAAAUUUGUGUGUAAAAAUUCACCAGAAUGGAGGAAUUUAAGUAUUUGACGCUUUAUAUUUUCUGGAGGAGGACCCCAAACCUCCCCCACAUUCAUAAGUAAUCUACGCCCCUGUGCGUACCUGUGCAUGAACAUAAUGUGACGUCAGUGGGAGCGCGCUCUGAGCUGCUGUGGCAGUAACUGCACUCCUGGGCAGGAGCGUUUGGCCGACUUAAAGCAGAGGAAAUGAACAAAAUCCUGCGUUCUAUCAAAGCUCCCUCUCCAGCAUCCAUCUUCAUCGCUGCACGACUCUACACUGAUUUCCUCAUUUGAACUGAAUCACAGGAUGCAUCAAGUUCACUCGAAACCUUUAUACGCCUCCUCCCCGCUGCUCCCCCCCGUUCCACCCCAAUGUUUUUCUUUCUGAGGGGAAUCAUUUAACCUUAACAUUCCUCCUGAGAGAAAUCUAAGUAUCAUUUGGCCUGUUAAAAUAAAUACUCCCCGAGAUGUUUUGUUGGCCGGUUGAACAUGUGCUGCAGGGUUUACACAGCAGACAGCCCCGUCUUCUCGGAGCAGCAGGCUGCUUUAUACAGCCAGCACCCAUCAGCACCUCCAGGCCUGCCAGCCGUACCUGGCCGAGGGUUACAACGGUGACUGUUAUCCCCAUCUCUGCUGAGGUAUCACUGUCUGCAUCAUUAGUGCGCUCGUCGUCGGCAUUACACGCUCAAGUCAUUUAGGAUGGAGCCUGAGUGUAGACGCAUGCAUGAAGUGGAUUGAAUUUUUACAAGAUAUCUGCAUGUUCACAUCUUUACAGCUCCACAUUGAGGGCAAAAAUCUGCUGCUGGGACACUGUUGAACCCAAAGAACUCUGUUCAUACAGCAGACUACACACGGCAUCUUCAUUAUACUCCCAGGGAACAACCAGUCCUCCUGUGAUGGAAUAAAACUAAAUGGUUCCAGGUCGGUUUAGUCUGUGGUAAACAACUCUACUCAGGAAUAUGCACCAUGUGAGCAAUUUAUAAACCAAAGUAAUUAAAACAGGAUUUUUGUCCAGAGCCAGUCGAUGAAACAGCACCACAAGAUUUGCUACUACUGCAAGAAGUGUCUCAAAGCUGCUACGAUCAAUAUUUUUUUAAUAACGAUUGAUUAAAUGAUGCACAGCGGUCGUUCUUGUGAACCCAAGUAAUUACUGGACUCAUCAAUUCCUUCAACUCCACAGCAAACGUCUUUUAGUUUAUGUUUUUGAUGUUUAUAGCACAUAACGUUACACAUUUAUGUUUUCAGGCACAGACCAAAAGUCGGUCUUUGUCAGUAACGUGUGUGGAUUGUGUGUGAUGUCACCGAAGUGCCAUUUUGAAGGUAUAACUACAGUGAGCGGUACAUUAAACAAUAAUAAAUAAAAAAGUUAUCCAACCCAUCAAACUGGAGAAGCAGAAGCAAACUGAGAGAACAUCACACCAAGAAAAACUCAAGUGACAUCUCUGAACACUGACCCAUACAAUCUGGCAACAAAAAAUUGCUAUGCCAACCUCGUACUUGGAUAUUACAAACUAUCUCAUUUACGGUAUAACUGCGUAUAAAUGUGAACAGUUCAGACACUAUAAAUCCUUUGAAGCCCACGAAUAUUUCACCAGUGCAGGGUGCAGGAUUUGUUAACACUUCCACCCAGGCUGAGAAUGUGUUACUGACUCUGUAUUUCUUUCAUAUCGUAUAAAAAUCAAAAAUAUUACUUUAUACUACUGAUAUUUCUGAGGUCUUCUGCUAAAUUCAGUGUCAUGUUUCUCUCAGUAGAACUCAAACUUAAUACUUCAGCAGUUACAAAAAUAUGUGAACUGCAUCAUUAAGGCAGACGAGCGAAACAUUAGCUGGGAAACAUCACGUUGAUUCACUUUACAUGAAGCUGAAAUUAAAACAGAGUUAUUUUAAAUGUUCGCUGAAUGCGUUGGUGUGUGUUAAUGAGUCGUAAGAAAUCAUAAGUCAUCUUUUAGAAGGAGCAGAUGUUUAAGCAAUAGGCUACAUUUUAUUUAACGUUAUGUUAACAGAGCAAGGCGAGUUAACUAACAUGAUGGAUUGAAAAAGGAAAACGAGCAAUGCUUUAACACUGUGAUAAACAACUCACCACGUGUUCCAAAAUGAGUGUAAAGAAGUAAAGUGAUGUAAUCCCACUCUUUUUUCAUACAAUAUAAUUACUUAAGCAUCCUUAAGUUUUUUACCGUCAUGCUUUAACAUGAAAGAAAGCGCAAAGACAAUGCAGGAUACCUCAAGAAUGGUGUCAUCCAUUAAAGACUGAUGACUUAAACUGAUCUAUCGAUUAUCAAAUUAGUUGGCAAUUAAUUUAAAUAUGAAGAGUAAUUGAUUAAUCCUUGCAGCUCUACACAGCUGCUUUUAGAAAAAGCACUGUACACUACUGUUAAGAGUUGGUGGAGACCAAAAACAGGGCUCUAAGGGGAGAUUGUGAUUUCUGCUGCCUCCUAACUGGCAAAAGUGACUGUAACACCCUCUAAACUCUAUGGCAGGGU